ACAAACUUUAGGGAUAAAUAAUUUGGAGAGUUGGUAACACUGGUUGCAAACCCAAACAAUUAACAAAUUCAAUACCUACUGUGGAGUACGUAAAUAAUUAAAACUUAAUUAACAAAUUAAUCAAAUAUUAUGGCCCCUAAACUUAAGUUCGCGGAAGGUGAAAAAGUUUUGUGUUUUCAUGGCCCACUAAUCUACGAGGCGAAAUGCCUCAAAAGUUCUGUGACGAAAGAUAAACAUGUACGGUAUUUAAUUCAUUACGCUGGAUGGAAUAAAAAUUGGGAUGAAUGGGUGCCUGAAAGCAGAGUCCUGAAGUACAAUGAGGCCAAUGUGCAGAGACAGAAGGAGGUGCAAAGGGCACAUUCCGCCCAACCUGUCAAAACUAAAAAGACACCAGCUAAAGGGCGCAAGUCUGAAGCUACUGCUAGCUCCACUCCAGUAAGAGAGGAGUCAAGAGCUUCUACUCCAGCUGGUAAAGAGACUGAGAGCGUCUCGAGUGCAGCCAAAGCAACAAAGUCUCAGAGCAAAGACUGCCCAGCUGACUCGGGCUCCGAUCAACCUAAAAAAAAACGUGGCCGCCUGGACCUAUCAAUCGAAUCGGAGGAGCAGUAUCUCGCCAAAGUGGAAGUUAAAAUCAAAAUCCCCGAAGAGCUAAAAGUCUGGUUGGUUGACGAUUGGGACGUUAUCACCAGACAGCAGAAGCUGGCUCUCCUGCCAGCCAAAUUGACGGUCUCCCAGAUAGUGGACAACUAUUUGGCGACCAAGAAGUUGAGCAAACUCCACAACCACUCCAAGGAGACGGUGCUGAUCGACAUCACAGAUGGCAUAAAGGAGUAUUUCAACGCUUCACUCGGCUCGCAGCUCCUGUACAAGUUUGAAAGGCCUCAGUACAGUGAGGUGUUGCAGGACUACCCGGACACGCCAAUGUCGCAAAUUUACGGCUCCAUACACCUCCUAAGACUGUUCGCUAAGUUGGGUCCAAUGUUGUCCUACACAGCACUAGACGAGAAGGCACUGCAGCAUGUGCUGACUCAUAUCCAGGAUUUCCUCAAAUACAUGGUCACCAACAGGUCCACUCUCUUCAACUUGCAGGACUAUGGGAAUGCCACGCCAGAGUAUCACAGGAAGGUGCAGUAAUGUAUUGAAUACUCAGACUAAUUACAUAAGGACUAGUCGUUAUCAACCCAUAUUUGGCUUCAGAAUGAGAGGGGUUAGGCCAAUAGUCUACCACGCUGGCUCAAUGCGGAUUGGCAGACGUCACACACGCAGAGAAUUAAGAAAAUUCUCUAGCAAGCAGGUUUUCUCACUAUGUUUUUCCUUCACCGUUUGAGACACGUGAUAUUUAACUGGAUUCGAACCCACACCCUCCGGAAUCGAAGGCAAUGGUCAUAGUCACUGGGCUAUCACAUAUCUCAACCAGUAGUAUGGACUAGUAUCACACCCAAAUUCAUAAACAAAAUUGUUCAGUUGUGUGCAUUUUAAGAAAUUAAAUCUCACGUGUCUCAAAUGGUAAAAGAAAAACAUCGUGAGGAAACCUGCAUACCAGAGAAUUUUCUUAAUUAUCUUCUUGUGUGAAGUCUGCCAAUCCGCAUUGGGCCAGCGUGGUGGACUAUUGGUGUAACCCCUCCUACUCUGAGAGGAGACUCGAGCACAGCAGAGAGCCGAAUAUGGGUUGACGACGAAUAGUUAGUUUAUAAAACAGUUUAUGAUGAAAGCAUAGAGGAAUUAGAUGUGGAGUUGCAUUACACUCAAAUUUACCAACAAAAUUGUCUGUAAUUUUUUUGGGAAUAGGUAAACUCACACAUCGAAAAUAUUCAACACCGGUCAAUAUAUUUUGUGUCCUCACAAUACACACAACUAUACAUUUGAUUCACAUUACACACAACACACACACACAGACGAGUAUUUUUUACACAGACUUACAAAUUACAAUCACAUCGCUUAGACUCGUUACAUAGAAUAUUGGAUUACCAAUUGCUCAAUGUUUUUUUGUUCUGUCAGAAGAAUCGAAUCUUUUUACAUACAUUGUACACCUAAUUAGGUUAGAAAUGCUUAAAAAUGAAACGCGACUUUAUGUUUUUGUGAACUAGAAGUUUUUGGCCGUUUUUAAUACCAUUUACACACAAACCGGCAUCUUUAGUGAGCUCUUUUCACGAUGAAUGAGAUUACCACAAUGAAACAUCGACUCUAUAGCAACAGUUGGAUCGUUGAUUCUUGAUCUUUGACAGCGGGGUAGCGUCCAGCAAGUCAAGUCCUUUUGUAAUUAGUCUGAGGUCUAAAGUGACUUAUGGCUUUAAUGAUAGUUUUAAUUAUAAGUGAAUUUGUUUCGAUUAUAUGUAGUUAGGUAGGUAUAUUAUGAAGUACAGAAAUUGAUUUUUUUUCUUUAUCCAAAAUGUUAUUUAAUCCAAAAAGUAAAAAGGUUAAUGGCAAUCUGUAAUUCGAUAAAAGAAUGUCAUCAAUGUAUGUAUGUACGUACAUGCAAGUUAUGUUCAUACAGUUGACAAUAAAUUGAUCUUAUGUU